CCCCCCUCUCUCCCCCUUUCUCCAGCUCCGUGUCAUUUCCUCCUUGCGCUCGCUCGCUGCCUGAGCGUCUCCAGCCGGGAGAGUAGGCGGAGCAGGGCGGUGCGGGGUGGCGUAGAGCUGGAGGGCGAUGGUGGCGGAGCUGCUGGGGGCGGAGGCAACGUAGCCCCCUCGGAAAAGGAGCCCGGCGGCGCCUGAGCCCAGCCGAGGAUGGAGAACCGGCCUGGGUCCUUCCAGUACGUCCCUGUGCAGCUGCAAGGGGGGGCACCCUGGGGCUUCACCCUUAAGGGGGGUCUGGAACACUGCGAGCCGCUCACAGUGUCUAAGAUUGAAGAUGGAGGCAAGGCAGCUUUGUCCCAGAAGAUGAGGACUGGUGAUGAGCUGGUGAAUAUCAAUGGCACUCCAUUAUAUGGCUCCCGCCAAGAGGCCCUCAUUCUCAUCAAAGGCUCCUUCCGGAUUCUCAAGCUGAUUGUCAGGAGGAGGAACGCCCCUGUCAGUAGGCCGCACUCAUGGCAUGUGGCCAAGCUGCUGGAGGGAUGCCCUGAAGCAGCCACCACCAUGCAUUUCCCUUCUGAAGCCUUCAGCUUGUCCUGGCAUUCCGGCUGCAACACGAGUGACGUGUGUGUGCAGUGGUGUCCACUCUCCCGGCAUUGCAGCACCGAGAAGAGCAGCUCCAUUGGCAGCAUGGAGAGCCUGGAGCAACCAGGCCAAGCCACCUAUGAGAGCCAUCUGUUGCCUAUUGACCAGAACAUGUACCCUAACCAGCGUGACUCAGCCUACAGCUCCUUCUCGGCCAGCUCAAAUGCUUCUGACUGUGCCCUUUCCCUCAGGCCAGAGGAGCCAGCCUCUACAGACUGCAUCAUGCAAGGCCCAGGGCCAACUAAGGCCCCCAGUGGCCGGCCUAAUGUGGCUGAGACCUCAGGAGGUAGUCGUCGCACCAGUGGGGGCCACCUGACCCCCAGCUCUCAGAUGUCAUCCCGUCCACAGGAGGGAUACCAGUCAGGGCCUGCCAAAGCAGUCAGGGGCCCACCACAACCUCCAGUGAGGCGGGACAGCCUUCAGGCCUCCAGAGCCCAACUCCUCAAUGGAGAGCAGCGCAGGGCAUCUGAGCCUGUGGUCCCCUUGCCACAGAAGGAGAAACUGAGCUUAGAGCCUGUGCUACCCGCAAGGAACCCUAAUAGGUUCUGUUGCCUCAGUGGGCAUGACCAAGUGACAAGUGAGGGCCAUCAGAACUGUGAGUUCAGUCAGCCUCCUGAAUCCAGCCAACAGGGCUCUGAGCAUCUACUGAUGCAGGCCUCAACCAAAGCUGUUGGAUCCCCAAAAGCCUGUGACAGAGCUUCCAGCAUGGAUUCCAACCCACUCAAUGAGGCUUCUGCAGAGCUAGCUAAGGCUUCUUUUGGCAGACCUCCACAUCUCAUAGGACCCACAGGGCAUCGCCAUAGUGCCCCUGAACAGCUGCUGGCAUCCCACCUGCAGCAUGUACACCUUGAUACCAGGGGCAGCAAAGGGAUGGAGCUCCCACCCGGACAGGAUGGGCACCAGUGGACUCUGUCCCCUUUGCACAGCAGCCACAAAGGGAAGAAAAGUCCAUGCCCCCCUACAGGAGGAACCCAUGACCAGUCCAGCAAAGAAAGAAAGACCAGACAAGUGGAUGACAGGUCUUUAGUUUUGGGACACCAGAGCCAAAGCAGUCCCCCACAGGGAGAGGCUGAUGGACACCCCUCAGAAAAAGGUUUCCUGGACCCAAACAGAACAAGCAGAGCAGGCAGUGAAUUGGCCAACCAGCAACCCUCUGCCUCUGGCUCCCUUGUUCAACAAGCCAGGGACUGUUCUUCAACCACUAAAGUAGCUAGUGGCACAGAGGCAGGUGAAGAAGGGGACAGCGAGCCCAAGGAGUGCAGCCGGAUGGGUGGUAGGCGAAGUGGAGGGACCCGGGGCCGCUCGAUCCAAAACCGGCGGAAGAGUGAGCGUUUUGCUACCAAUCUGCGUAAUGAAAUUCAGAGGAGGAAGGCCCAGCUCCAGAAAAGCAAGGGUCCCUUGUCACAGCUGUGUGACACUAAGGAGCCAGUGGAAGAGACCCAGGAGCCCCCAGAAAGUCCUCCACUCACUGCCUCUAACACAUCUCUUCUAUCUUCAUGUAAAAAACCUCCCAGCCCCAGAGACAAGCUCUUCAACAAAAGCAUGAUGCUCAGAGCUAGGUCUUCCGAGUGCCUCAGCCAAGCCCCUGAGAGCCAUGAAUCUAGGACAGGCUUAGAGGGACGAAUAAGCCCUGGCCAGAGGCCUGGCCAGUCCUCUUUGGGCCUGAACACCUGGUGGAAAGCACCUGACCCAUCCUCCUCAGACCCUGAGAAAACACAUGCUCACUGUGGAGUCCGUGGAGGUCAUUGGAGAUGGUCUCCAGAGCAUAAUUCACAGCCACUUGUGGCAGUAGCCAUGGAAGGCCCUUCCAACCCAGGUGACAACAAGGAAUUGAAGGCUUCUACUGCUCAAGCUGGGGAGGAUGCCAUCCUCUUGCCUUUUGCAGACAGAAGAAAGUUCUUUGAAGAGAGUAGCAAAUCCUUAUCUACAUCUCAUUUGCCAAGUUUAACCACUCAUAGCAACAAGACUUUUACCCAGAGACCAAAACCUAUAGACCAAAACUUCCAGCCAAUGAGCUCCAGCUAUAGGGAAUUGAGGCGCCAUCCCAUGGACCAAUCAUAUCAUUCCGCAGACCAACCAUAUCAUGCCACAGACCAAUCAUAUCAUUCCAUGUCACCCCUUCAGUCAGAAACUCCCACUUACUCAGAAUGUUUUGCAAGCAAAGGUCUAGAAAAUUCCAUGUGUUGUAAGCCACUACGCUGUGGUGAUUUUGAUUACCACAGGACCUGCUCUUACUCCUGCAGUGUUCAAGGAGCUCUAGUCCGUGAUCCUUGCAUUUAUUGUUCUGGGGAAAUCUGCCCUGCCUUGCUAAAGAGAAAUAUGAUGCCAAAUUGCUACAACUGCCGGUGCCACCACCACCAAUGCAUUCGGUGUUCAGUUUGCUAUCAUAAUCCUCAGCACAGUACCCUCGAGGACAGCAGCUUGGCACCUGGCAACACUUGGAAACCCAGGAAGGUGACAGUGCAGGAAUUUCCUGGGGACAAAUGGAAUCCAAUAACAGGAAACAGGAAGACCAGCCAGUCAGGGAGGGAAAUGGCUCAUUCCAAGACUAGCUUUUCAUGGGCAACCCCUUUCCAUCCUUGCCUUGAGAACCCAGCACUGGACUUGUCAAGCUACCGAGCAAUUUCUUCUCUUGACCUCCUUGGAGACUUCAAACAUGCUUUGAAAAAAUCAGAGGAAACUUCAGUUUAUGAGGAGGGGAGCUCCCUUGCCUCCAUGCCCCACCCACUGCGCAGCCGUGCCUUCUCAGAGAGUCACAUCAGCUUGGAGCCCCAAAGCACCCGGGCCUGGGGGCAGCAUAGGAGGGAGCUCUUUAGCAAAGGUGAUGAGACCCAGUCGGAUCUUCUCGGAGCCAGGAAGAAGGCCUUUCCUCCUCCUCGCCCUCCUCCUCCCAACUGGGAGAAGUACAGGCUCUUUCGUGCAGCCCAGCAGCAGAAGCAGCAACAGCAGCAGCAACAGCAGCAGCAGAAGCAACAGGAGGAGGAGGAGGAAGAAGAAGAAGAGGAAGAGGAGGAGGAGGAGGCAGAGGAAGAGGAAGAGGAGCUGCCACCCCAGUAUUUCAGUUCAGAAACCUCUGGUUCCUGUGCUCUCAAUCCUGAGGAGGUCCUAGAGCAGCCACAACCCCUCAGCCUUGGCCACCUGGAGGGCUCGAGACAGGGUUCACAAAGUGUCCCAGCAGAGCAAGAAUCCUUUGCACUCCAUUCCAGUGAUUUCUUGCCUCCAAUAAGGGGUCACUUGGGAUCUCAACCUGAGCAGGCUCAGUCCCCUUGCUACUAUGGCAUUGGUGGGCUUUGGAGGACAUCGGAACAGGAAGCCACUGAAUCCGCCAAACAAGAGUUUCAGCACUUUUCGCCUCCUCCAGGGGCCCCAGGAAUCCCUACCUCUUACUCAGCUUAUUACAAUAUUUCUGUGGCCAAGGCAGAGCUGCUGAACAAACUGAAAGACCAACCUGAGAUGGCAGAGAGUGGCCUAGGAGAGGAGGAAGUUGACCAUGAACUGGCUCAAAAAAAGAUACAGCUUAUCGAAAGCAUCAGCAGAAAACUUUCUGUCUUGCGGGAGGCCCAGCGAGGGCUGCUAGAGGACAUCAAUGCCAAUUCUGCCCUUGGGGAGGAGGUGGAGGCCAACUUAAAAGCCGUCUGCAAAUCCAAUGAAUUUGAAAAGUACCACUUGUUUGUUGGGGACCUGGACAAAGUGGUCAACCUGUUGCUGUCACUCUCUGGACGACUGGCCCGGGUGGAGAAUGCUCUGAACAGCAUCGAUUCAGAGGCCAACCAGGAGAAGUUGGUGCUGAUAGAGAAGAAGCAGCAGCUGACAGGGCAGUUGGCAGAUGCCAAGGAGCUGAAGGAGCACGUGGACCGCCGGGAGAAGUUGGUGUUUGGCAUGGUCUCCCGCUACCUGCCUCAGGACCAGCUCCAAGAUUACCAGCACUUUGUCAAGAUGAAAUCUGCUCUCAUCAUUGAACAGCGAGAGCUGGAGGAGAAGAUCAAGCUCGGGGAAGAGCAACUCAAAUGUCUCAGGGAGAGUCUACUCCUGGGGCCCAGCAAUUUCUAAUUCUACCAGCACUCUGCCACAGCAUCCCUGCCCAGCCAUGUGGGAAAUGCUUUCAAUCUUCUUUGUUAGCAGUUUCUCAGCAAGUAGAUAGCAAUUAGCAGUUUGUUCCAGCCCUCUACCCUGGAUGUCUCUCACUACCCCUUCCCUAGCAGUGGUCCUAACCAGCUAGGAGACCCUGGGGAAGCCACAAGCUUCUACCCAAGGGAGCUGCAGCAAGGUGUGAUCUUAGAACCACACUCUCCUUCCCACAGUUGCCAAGGGCAAGUACUUGCUGCACAGAGAACCAAGGAAGUGCCUUCAUUCUGCUUUGUACUAGGAUACCAAAGACAUCAAGUACUCAUCAUCCACCCAUAUCGUCAACAGCCUCUAAAGGCUCAGAGGGAAUCUGCCUUGCAGCUCUACUCUGCCCCAGGGCUUGUGGCCAGCCAUUUCUCACAGAGAGCUGGCUGCCUUGAGGGCAUUCACCUGGCACCAGUUUCAGGGCCUCACCCAAGCUUUGCAGGGGAAAGCACAGAGGGAGGAAUUACACUGAAAAAAUGCAAGCAAAGGUUGAGUACCCCCAGGUGCCCCUUAGGAAGGAACCAGGUUUAAAUAGGCUCUACCCUUACCUUUCCCAGCAGCAAGUUCAGGGGAAGAGGCCUACUCUUAGCCCUGGCUAGUGUGACCCUCUUCCUCUCCUAAGACUUUGGUCCUACCACCUCUUGUUUCAUCUUUCCUUUACAUUGCUGGGGGUUACCGCAGGUGCCUACCCCAGGGCUUCACCAUAUGGGCCAUUAAUAGCUCUACUAAAACUGACUUCUAGAUGUAGGUUUCAUUAUGGGGGGAGGGGGUUCUUAUUGUUAUAUUUUAAAUGGCCUUUUGAUUUUAUUUAUUUUUAUGUUUUGAUUAUUUUUUUCUUUUUUAACUAAUAAGGCGAGAAGAGGGAAGUUGGAGAGGGAAAAGUUAGCCCAGAAGGAAAGCAUUUUCUGCAGAUCAGCCUGAAUCCACCGUGGCUAGGUAAGCAAGUGCCAAGGCGUUGAAUUGUUCCCACCAUAGCUACCGAUGUCUAGGAAGGAGUUUUCCCCUUGAACUCAGAGCCUCCCUACUGUGGCCUGGCCUUGUGCUUCCCUUAAAGUCUAAGUGACUUGAGUUUAGCAUUCCCCAGCAGGGUUCAAGUUUUUCUUACUGAUUUAUUUUUGAAACCAAAGAAAUCUCCUGAAACGGAGAAAGGUUCAGUCAUUUCUCUACCAUCUCCAAGCUAUGGGAUCAGUAGAGGUGAGCUCAGAAGGAACUCCUCUAACCAUUGCUUUCUCAGCCUGUGGCCUGGCUCAAGGGAACCAAAACUCAAGGUAGCUGGGAGCUCCAGCCAGAGCCAGCUCCCCAGAGCAAUUGAUGACCCAGCCAGGAUCUUAGGCAUACAAACAACUAAAACUGCUGCUGUUGCCAAGGCCCUGACACCAGUAGCUAGUUUCUAUGCUGGAAAAGCAGCACUCAGGUGGACGAUGGCAAGAAGGGGGUUAUGGCCAAAUGCUGCCCUGUUAUCCAGCUUAGCUCCCUGUUCCUCACUAACUGGAGCCAAUCCUUGGUAUCACACAACCCAGCCAAGGCCUGGCAUCUCUUCUAGUUACUGCUGAGUUCCUCAGGGUCCUUGAAGGUCAACUGUAGCAGCAGGGAUGUCUCAUUCAACCAAAGAAUUUGCCAAGGAACUUUUGCUGCUGUUACAAAUACUUGUCACUAGCUUCCAUUUCCUCUUCAUUGUAUUUGAAAACAAUGGGAGAAUCUUGGCCAGCAGGGUGUCCUGGGGUGGGGGGUGGGGUAAGCCUUUCUGUGGAGCCCUGGGUUUGCUGCCAGAAACACUGUUAGAAUGGCAACCCUGCCAUUCUCCCCUCCAGUGGAAGAUUCUACUUUAUUCAGGAAGGCUGGUGGCUUGCAGGGGCUAGGCUUACGCAAGCCAGCCAAGAUUGAGAAGGUAGGGGAGUGCUUUCAAUGGAGGCCAUAGUUGUCAUCUUUUCUUCUGAGCAGGCUCUAGGACAAACAAUGAGCAAAUUGAGAUUUCCUGUAUUGGGAGGAUGAGGCUGAUAUGUUUCAUCAUUCUCAGAUUUGUGGGCUAGAGCACCUUUUUGGGAAUAUGGGCCUAGGGAAAAGAAUGGUCACUUAUCUGGACACUAUGGCCAUAGUCUGAGUUUUUCUAGUCAGCAUGUGAUUGGUUGUACCUUAAGUUUAUGACACCAAAAAUACUAUUAACUCUGUUAUUUUUGUUCUUAAUCCCAUCUCAAAUUAGUUUCUAGAGUUAGAAUCAGAACACAAGGAUGCUCAUUUUCACAUGGAGGGAAAGUUGCCAAAGCAUUUAAAAAAUAACCCCAAAAGUAUAUCUAGCAGUGAAGCUUGGUAGAUAAAGGUGAACUGCUGAACAGACACUGGCGUGCCACACUCCUGCCAGGGCAGUCUCAUUGUGUGUGAUGGUGCUGCAACACUGCCAGUAUUACUUGAGAUGCAGUCUCUCUCCCCUGUUCUCAGUUCCUGGGCUCAACCCUCCUCCAAGGCCUGCCAGUGAGUAGCGGUUUGGAAGGCAGGCCAAGGGAGAUCCCCAAAGACAGUUAUCAGUCUUGACUUCUGCUGUCUCCCUUCAAAUGCUUAUACAGGCCCCCAUGGGUAAUAGGCAAGCAUGAUGGCUGAUAGAGAAGUCAGUGCAUGAGUUACUAUCACAUGUCCCCCCAACCCUUCCUGCCACCUCCCAGGGCUCUGGAUAAUUGAAUCUCCCUGAGUCCCACAGCUGGAGACUCAACCAGGAUAUAGCUGUAAAUGCCCAAGUAGAAUCUGACAGAAUAAGACAGAGACACUGAAAAUAAAGCCCUAGAAAGGAAGGAAUUGGAAGCAAAGAAAAGGAGAGGUGAAAAGAUAAAAAGCCUCUUUCAAGGUUAGGUUCAGGUUCUGUUUUCCAUUUAACCUCAUGUGCCAAAAAGCUGCCCAGGCACACCAGAGCCACAUCCUGAACCCGAACCUCCCUGACAGUGCUGCUCUGCCAGUAGCAAGCCCCAGAUGGAGGAAGCUGGGCCCAUUUCUGGCCACUUCCACCCAUUUGGAGCUUGGUGACUCCCACUGUCUUUGCCAGAGGAGUCGUCUAUGCCAAUAAUAUUUCUGCAACAGCAUAUUAUAUUAUUUGAAGAUUAGUAGAUCUUUUGGGGGGGGUGGGGCAGGGGACAGUUUCUAUAGAUGAAGAACCAGUGUUGGUUGUACAGCUGUUGGGGGUCAUCUAUCCCAUGUGAAGCUAUUCUUUUUCCAAAUCUUGUUGUUUCUGCAUUUGUGUCCUCCACCACUCCCUUCUUGGCUGACAUAGAUAUGCCUGCCAGCUUGUCAUCAAGGGUCAUAUUUCAAUAAAAUGUGCUAAGGACAAAAAAAAAUCUCAUGUGUUUUAACUCAGGUGAUGAAAGUCUAAAGAUUCUGCUGAAAAGUACUGGAAAGGAAUUUGGUCACCUAUCCAUAGUCCUUCACAGAUAAACAUAUGACCAGACCCUUACCCACAUCCCUAAACCCUUACCCUGGCCUCUGAGGGAUGGUAUUGAUGCUAUACCAUUCAUCAUCCCAGUUAAAUAGCAGGAUCUGCCAUAGCCUUUUUAGGGGGACAGCUUUUAGACAUCUAUUUCAAGACCAUCCUGAGUAGGGGGUACAGAGUUUAAGCCAUUGGUUAUUUCUGUUGUUAUCACAGUAUUGAAGCAUGGUAUUUUUCUACUCAGAAGGAUCUCAGGAUCACAGCCCUGCCCUUUAGCUCACUGAUAUAUUUCUUCCUCUCUGGUUACUCAGUGGCAACAUCACAUCCAGUCUAACCCCAUGUUUAGAAUGCAGAAAAAGUCAACAAUAGGUGUAAUCUCAGGUAUAGACCUAAGCAGUAUACAGAGUCUAGUUCUGGAGUCUAGCCUGAUCGAAGGUAAGCCAUUCUUUCUAGACUUCUUCCAAUCUUGAAUUCUGUCUAGUAUUUUCAUCUUACUUCUAGCUGAUAGUCCAAUCUCACACCUUCAUGCUCAGCUCCCUGGAAAGCAAGGGCCUUGCUGAUCUGCUCUCCAAGGCAACCUCAAAGAUUAGACUCAAAUGUAUUCCAGGCAGCAACUCUGACAUUGAAAAGCUUUCUUUUUUCGUGAUCCAUAUUCUGUUCACAUUCCAACUAUCCUCCUUCUACUCAAGAUAUCCAUUGUGGUAGAGUAGAAAGAGUCCAGCUUUGGCAUUAGAAUGAACUGUGUUCAAAUCCUGGUUCUGCCACUUAUUCAAUGAACCUGGGCUACUAGCUCAACUUCUGAGGUCAUUUUCUUAUCUGUAAAAUGGGAACAGUAUUAUCUUGCUUGCAGUUAUUGUAACUUGAAAAUAAUAAAUAAAAGCCACUAACAAUCCAAGAAGUUAUUAGGCAGAAUCCCAGGCCCACCCCAAACCCAGUGAUAGCAGUCUGAAUUUUAACUAGAUUUCCAGGAGAUUCAUGAACGUAUUAGAGCAUGGGAAGUACUGACUUGCUGAAAACAUAUUCAGUACAUUGUAACCAUUAUUAUAGUCCUGAUCUACUCAAUUCAUUUUUUCCUUAUCCCAGGCAUAUUCUUGCUCUUCUCGUGUUGCUCACAACUACCUGCCUGGAUGAAUUUAGGAAAGUUGCAGGAUACAAGGUUAAAACACAAGAUCAAAUGAACAAUCCAAAAAUGUUAUUAAGAAAACAGUUCCGGCUGGGCGUGGUGGCUCACGCCUGAAAUCCCAGCACUUUGGGAGGCCAAGGCAGGUGGAUCACGAGGUCAGGAGAUCAAGACCAUCCUGGCUAACACGGUGAAACCCUAUCUCUACUAAAAAUACAAAAAAUUAGCCAGGUGUGGUGGCACGCACCAGUAGUCCUAGCUACUCGGGAGGCUGAGGCAGGAGAAUUGCUUGAACCUGGAAGGCAGAGAUUGCAGUGAGCUGAGACCGCACCACUGCACUCCAGCCUGGGCAACAGAGUGAGACUCUGUCUCAAAAAGAAAGAAAGAAAAGAAAAGAAAAGAAAGAAAGAAAGAAAGAAAGAAAGAGAGAGAGAGAGAGAGAGAGAGAGAGAGAGAGAGAGAGAGAGGGAGAGAGAGAGAGAGAAAGAAAGAAAGAAAGAAAGAAAGAAAGAAAGAAAGAAAGAAAGAAAGAAAGAAAGAAAGAAAGAAAACAGUUCCAUUUACAAUAGCAUCAAAAAGAAAAAAGUACUUAGGAAUAAUUUAACAAAAGAAGUGCGAAACUUUUACACUGAAAACUAUAAAACAUUGUUGAAAGAGAUUAGAGAAGAUCAAAAUAAAUGGAAAGACACUCCAUGUUCAUGGAUUGGAAGACUUAGUAUUGUUAAGAUGAAAUGUGCCCCAAAUUGAUCUACAGAUUCAAUCCAAUGCUUAUCAGAAUUCCAGUGGCUUCCUCGCGUAAGUUGACAAGCUGAUUCUAAAAUUCAUAUGGAAUUACAAGGGACCCAGAACAGUCAAAACAAUCUUUAAAAAGAACAGUUGGAGGGCUCAUACAUCCCAACUUCAAAACUUACUGCAAAACUACAGUAAUCAAGACAGUGUGGUACAGACACAAGGGUAGGUGUAUAAAUAAAUGGAAUUAAAUUGAGAGUCCAGAAAUAAAUCCUCAUGUAUAUGGCUAGUUAAUUUCAACAAGGGUCCCAAGAGAAAUUGAGGAGAGAAUAGUUUUUUAACAAAUGAUGCUGAGACAACUGGGUAUCUACAUGGGAAAAAAUGAAGUUUUCCUUAAAUCACAUGCAAGAAUCAACUCAAAAUGGAUUAUAGAAUGUAAGAGUCAAAAUUAUAAAAUUCUUAGAAGAAAACAUUGUAGUAAGUCUUCCUAAUGUUAAGACGAUUUGCACAAGUGAUACAAGAAAUAGAAAUAAAUUGGAGUAAAUCAAAAUUAAAAACUUUUGUGCUAAAAAUAUACCAUAUAAAAAAGUGAAAAGACAAGCAACAUAAUGGGAGAAAAUAUUUGCAUAUCAGAUACUUCAAAAUAUGAAAAGGACUCUUACAACUCAAUGAUAAAAAUAACCAAUUCAAAAUGGGUUAACAGAUUGUAAUAGACAUUUCUUCAAAGAAAAUAUGUGUUUUAGUAUGCUUGGGUUGCUAUAACAUACUACCAUAGACUGAUUGGCUUAAAUAACAUUUAUUUCUCACAGUCCUGGAGACUGGGAAAUCUGAGAUCAAGAUGCCAGCAGAUUCAAUGCCUUGUGAGGGCCCACUUUAUGGUUUGCAGAUGGCUACCUUGUGGCUGUGUCCUCAGCAAAGACAGAAAGGGAUCUGGUCUCGGCCAGGCGCGGUGGCUCACGCCUGUAAUCCCAGCACUUUGGGAGGCCGAGGCGGGCGGAUCAGGAGGUCAGGAGAUCGCAACCAUCCUGGCUAACACGGUGAAACCCCAUCUCUACUAAAAAAAUACAAAAAAAUUAGCAGGGCAUGGUGGCAGGUGCCUGUAGUCCCAGCUAGUUGGGAGGCUGAGGCAGGAGAAUGGCCUGAACCCAGGAAGCGGAGCUUGCAGUGAGCGGAGAUUGAGCCACUGCACUCCAGCCUGGGUGACUGAGUGAGAUUCUGUCUCAAAAGAAAGAAAGGGAUCUGGUCUCUUCCCCUUCUUAUAAGGGCAUUAUAAUUUCAUUAUGAAUGCCUACUCUUGUGACUUCAUCUAAACCAGUUUACCUCUCAAAGGCCCCACCUCCAUAUGCCAUCACAUUGGGGAUUAGGGCUUCAGCAUAUGAGUUUGGAGAGGACACAAACAUUCAGCUUAUAGCAAUAUGCAACUGGCUAGCAAGCACAGGGAAAGAUGCUCAAGCACUACUAUUCAUUAGGGAAAUGCAAAUCAAGACCACAAUGAGAUACCACUUCAUACCCACUAGAAUAGCUAUAUCAAAAAGCCAAACAAUAACAAGUGUUGGUGAGGAAAUGAAGAAAUUGGAACACUCAUACAUUGCUGAUGGGGAUGUAAAUUGAUGCAACCUCAUUGAAAAACAGCUUGGCAGUUUCUCCAAAUGUUAAACACAGAAUUUCCACAUGACUUAGCAAUUCCAUUCCUAGGUAUAUACCCAAGAGAAUUGGAAACAGGUGUUCAAACAAAAGCGUGAACAUGAAUGUUUAAAGUGGCAUUACUCAUAAUAGCCAAAAAGUGGAAAUGACCCAAAUGUCCAUCCACUGAGGAAUGGAUAAACAAACUUUGAUAUAUGCAUACAGUAGGGUAUUAUUUAGCCAUAAAAAUGGAUAAAAUACUGAUACAUGUAACAUUGAUGAACCUUGAAAAUAUGCUAAGUGAAAGGAGCCAAUCACAAAAGACCACAUAUUGUAUGAUUUAAUUUAUAUGAAAUGUCCCAAACAGGCAAAUCUAUAAAGGUAGAAAGCAGAUUAGUGGUUGUCAAGGCUGGGGGCUCAAGGGCAAUAGGCAUGGGGUUUCUUUUGGGGAUGAUGAAAAUAUUAUAAAAUUAGAUUGUCAUCAUGGUUGUCCAACUCUGUGAAUGUACUGGAAACCAUUGAAGUAUACAGUUUAAAUGGGUGUGCUAAAUGGUAUAUGAUUAUUUCUCAAUAAGUGUGUUUUUUUAAAAAAACUAUUGAUUAUUUCCAUCAGUCUCAUUCCUCUUGACAAAAAUCUGAGUUGAUGGUGAGCAUGUACUUCAUUCCUGACUCCAAAGGGUACAAUAUUUACAAUAUUUGAAUUUGGGAGUGACUUUACUAUUACAACCUUCCCCUUGAAGACCUGGAAGACCAAGCAACAUAAGGACAAACAGUAGUCUCAGCCUUGUACUAAGACUUCAGCAAAAAUAAGAGAGAUGGGAGGGACUACUAUUGGGAAGGAGGGGCAAUAUUUCUAGGCAAAUAUUGUGGUAGAAUGGAUAAGAGCUUUGGCUCAUUGGGCAAAUAAACCAAGUUUUAAAUCCUGAUUCUACCAAUUUACUAUGUCACCUUAAUAAGUUACUUGACUCCUCUCAACCUUAAUACCUUCAUCUACAGAAGGGGGCUAAUAAAAGCCCCACCUCAAAGUGUUACUAUGAUGAUUAAAUGAGAUAAUUCACAUGAGGCACUUAAAAUAAUGUCUGCCAUGUAGUAAGUAUUUGAUAAAUGUUAGCUGCUAGAUUUAUUUUUAUUGAGAUGAGAUUGAAGUAGAACAAUAUAAGGAAAAGUAAAGCAUCUUCAGCUUUGGAGUCAGACAGCUCUGUUAAUGUGACCUUGGAAGUCACUUUAUUUAUUGAGCCUUAGCAAAUAAUGAGGAUAGUAAUCCUUCUCUUAUGGAGGCAGUUCCAAGACUGGACACUGGAACCCACACCACGUAGGUUUUCAUACUGGCUCCACCACUUACACAUUGUGUAACCUUGAGCAUGUUUAACUUCCCUGUACCUGGAUGUCCUCUUCUGUUAAAUGGUGGAAACAAAAAUACAUCCUUGUGUUGUGAGGAAUUAUUGAGUUAAUCCAUGCAAAGUACUUAGGACAAUAAGUACCCAAUGAAUGUUAACUUUUAUUAUAAAGCUAAAGUAGGAAUCAAAUGAGGUCUCUGGUAGAGCUGUUCAUAUGGUAGGUUCUCCGUAGAUGAUGGUUCCUUUCCUUACCUACCCUGCUGUGUGCACCAGGUCAAGAUUUUUUGGACCUGCAGAUAAAAUGUUUCAGCCUUAGGAGUUCCCCACUGUAAGUAAAAUUUUCUGGCAAGCUCAAUACUACCAUCUGAUGAGAACAAUGUAGUCUGUUAGCUGCCUGCAAGAUGACUGUCUAUACUCCCAAGAAAACACCCCCUUCAGAGCAAUAGAGAAGGAACUGUUUUGCAUGUGGACCACUUAAGGUCCAGUUUGAGGCUGGUUUGGGGAAAACAUCCACUCCUCCUCAAACCUAUCUUUAGACUUAGAGUCAACUUAAAUGUCAUUGAGUUUCCCACCCUGGGUUAAGCACUUUCACUUAUCUUUGCUUAUACUAUUUUUCUAUCUAAACAUACAUUUUUAAAGCAGAAAUCCUCAUUUAAUCUUUAAAACAGAUCUGUGAUUUUGAAACACUAUUUAAUCAAAAUUCAGAAUUGUGGUAGCAUUUUUGCUGUUUGUAAGUUAAACAAAAUAGAUUGUAAGUGUGCAAUGCCAUUCAUUCAUUCAACUAAUGUGCCAAUAAUUUGUUUUGUGCUUCAGGGAUUCAGAAGUGGACAAGAUAGACAAAGUCCCCACUCUCGUGGGGCUUUUAUCCUAAUGAAAGAGAUAGAUAAGUAUAAAUAUACAAUUACAUAAUACUUUAUAUACAGAAAUAUACACACAAUCACUUUUUACCCUGGUAUGGCAAUGCGAAACAUUCUUCCUUGAUUUCUUCAGCUAUGUGCAAUAGGCUAAACUCAUGAAUCUCUUUGCUACUGCAGCAACUAAAAUAUUUUUUGCAUUAAUUUUCACCAGAGAAUAAUGUUUCAGUGAACAUGAGAGUGCAGAUAUCUCUUCGAGAUACUGAUUUCAUUUCCUUUGGGUAUUUACCCAGAAGAAGAAUCUCUGCAUCAUAUGGUCAUCGUAUUCUUAAUAUUUUGAGGAAUAUACGCUAUUUUCCAAAAUGGGGUACUAAUUUACAUUCCCACCAACAAUGUACCAUGGUUUCCUUUCCUCCAUAUCCUCAUCAACAUUUGUUAUCCCUUGCCUUUUUGAUAAAAGCCUGCUAUUUAUGACAAAAUGGAUGAACCCGGAGGGUAUUAUGCUAAGUGAAAUAAACCAGACACAGAAAGAAAAAUACUGCGUAAUCUCACAUGUGGAAGCUAAAAAAGUCAAACACACAGGGGGAUGGAGGUGGAAGAAAUGAGGAUGUUGGUCAAAGCUACAAAGUUGCAGUUACAUAAGAUGUAUAAAUCUAGAGACCUCAUGUACAGCAUAAGUUCUAUAGUUAAUAAUGCUGUAUUGAAUACUGGAAAUUUUCUAAGAGUAGAUUUCAGGUGCUCUUACUGCAAAAGAGGGUAAUUAUGUGAGGAAAUGCAUAUUUAAUUUGCAUGACUGUAGCAAUCAUUUCACUAUGUAUAUGGAUGUCAAAACAUCAUUUG